CGCAACCUCGUCUUUCUCGCUUCCUGAAGUUGGUCGAAGAACUCGCUCGAACAGCGCGCCGACGGGAACAGACCGAUCAUGCCGUGCCCCCCGGCGCAGCUGUGGCCCCUGGUCGGCCAGCCGACCCGUGGUGGGCGCUGAGCCGCAGCGUCGCCGCCGCCGCCACGGCUGCCCCCUGCAGGCCCCUGCCGGCCGCAGGCACGGACGGAGGAGGAGGCCGACCGUCGUCGGGGCGCCUUGCCGCUGCUGCCGCCGCGGCCGCUGCCGCUGCCGCCGCCGCUGCUGCGCGCGGUGAGGUGCUGCCGGAGUCGUCCAGCAGCAUGGCCAUUCCCCGCCUGCCCACCCCGCCUCCGCAGAGCGAGGUCAACACGCCCGUGGCCGAGAGCUGGUGCUACACCCAGGUGAAAGUGAUCAAGUUUUCCUACAUGUGGACCAUCAACAACUUCAGCUUCUGCCGGGAAGAGAUGGGGGAAGUGCUCAAGAGCUCGACAUUUUCUGCGGGGGCCAAUGACAAGCUCAAAUGGUGCCUACGAGUAAAUCCUAAGGGGCUGGACGAAGAGAGCAAGGACUACCUGUCCCUGUACCUGCUGCUGGUGUCCUGCAACAAGAGUGAGGUCCGUGCCAAGUUCAAGUUUUCCAUCCUCAACGCCAAGCGGGAAGAGACCAAGGCCAUGGAGAGUCAAAGGGCGUACCGCUUUGUUCAAGGCAAGGAUUGGGGCUUCAAGAAGUUUAUUCGAAGAGACUUCUUGCUCGACGAGGCCAACGGACUCCUUCCUGACGACAAGCUUACUCUCUACUGCGAGGUGAGCGUUGUUGCGGACUCUGUGAACAUCUCUGGGCAGAAUAACGCCAUCCAGUUCAAGGUCCCCGAGUGCCGGUUGUCUGAUGACUUUGGGCACCUCUUUGAGAGCCAGAAGUUUAGCGACGUCAUCCUGAGCGUCAACGGCCGGGAAUUCUAUGCGCAUAAGGCCAUCCUUGCUGCCCGCUCUCCGGUAUUUGCGGCCAUGUUUGAGCACGAGAUGGAAGAGAAGAAGCAGAAUCGAGUGGAAAUCACGGACAUGGACCACGAGGUGCUGCGGGAAAUGCUGCGGUUCAUCUACACUGGCCGUGCGCCCAACCUUGACAAGAUGGCCGACGACCUCCUGGCUGCCGCCGACAAGUACGCCCUGGAACGGUUAAAAGUCAUGUGUGAGGAGGCCCUGUGCUCGAACCUGUCUGUCGAAACAGCCGCAGAGGUGCUCAUUCUGGCUGACAUGCACAGCGCGGACCAGCUGAAGGCUCAUGCAAUUGACUUCAUUAACACCAGGCAUGCCACGGAUGUGAUGGAGACUGCGGGCUGGAAGACCAUGAUCCACCGGCAGCCGCACCUGAUUGCCGAGGCCUUCCGGGCACUGGCCACCCAGCAGAUCCCGCCCAUAGGGCCACCCCGCAAGCGCAUCAAGCAGUCCUAGGGGUCGCCACCAGUGCAGUGCUGCUCCUGCGCUAGUGGGUGGACAAGUUCGAGGUGUAGUCAGCCUGCUGUCCUCGUGGAAUGCAGGAUGUGACUUUUUUGGACACCACACUACAUUGGCUAGUCGUCGACAAGACAUCACAGCAAUGCCUUCCCCCCAGUUUACCUUCAGCGACGUGGGCGGAGUUCCUCUGCUUCCAGCGUUGAAAACCUCUUGACAGUCAAUUUCCCAGGAUCUCGCUGUGGGAACCAUGGUCUGCAGUAUUGCGCUAGAGUGGCGUCGGAGCCAGAGCUUAGGGCACUGUGCUCUGCAGUGCACUCGCACUGUCUCGUACGACAUCUGCAGCAAAACUGUUUGUGCAUGUUUCCAUUCCUUUGGCUACCCACCACGGAUGCAACAGACAGAGUGCAUUGGCACGCGACCAUUCUUUUGGACUAACUCUGCAGCUGCAGGCUCUGGCCCACAACAUUGAGGAAGAGGCUGAAGAAGGAAGCCCCACUUCGGAAAAGCAGAAGAACUUUCACCCACAAGUGCUGGAGUACAAACGUCCCCCCCCUCUCUCUCAGAUGAAGCCAUGCGCACAACAUUGGAUAGCGUUGCCACUCUGCAAGGUAUCAUCCCGCCUCGGGUGUUUGGAGCUGGUGACCGGGAUGUUAGGUGUUGCAGCUGACUUUUAGCCCCUCGGGAAAGUGUCAACCUCACCAACAUCGUCUGUGUUGACGUGCCAGUGAGCAUUUGUGCGUGUGUGUGUGCACGUGAAUUUUUGUUGAAAGAACUGAGGUCUGCAACUGGCGAAUGAAUGUUGGAAGACUGUUCAUGUGACGUGAGAAUGUGGGCAUAUCCCGUCUCACAGAAGAAGCUCCCUACAUUCGCGUGUAAAGAAACUUGAAAAACACCAAAACUAGGAAAAAAAAAGACACUUGUGAAGAAGGACCUUUGUUUAUUUCUCAUGCAUGAGAUACGACUCCUGUACUUUCCUUUGUUUUUACUUUGUGUGUGGUGUGUGUGUGUGUGUGUGCACGUUUUACAUUCGUGUGUUCCUCCUACAAUUGUCACAAAGCAAGUGUUGUUGUGAGGAAAAGUAAUUUAUGCAAACACAUGAGUUGGUGGUGGGUGGCCUCUCUGAGCUUAUGUGGAAAGAAGUCCUCGAGCAUUCUUGCAGUUUUUUUUUUCUCUGUUGGUUCCUAGAAGAGGACAUGACAAGGGUGCAGAUGCCUAUGAGGAUACAUUUCGUCUAAAUGCAUGCAUUAGAUGAGCCAUUCCAUUCUUGUAUCCAGGUGCCACACUCAUUAUGCAAAGCCAUCAGGGGAUCCUGAGGUUCACAAGAAAAUGUCAUGCGGUAGAAGAUAAAGUGGCAGUUUAGAGUGUACACGGUUGGGUUUAUGUGUAGUAAAGAUGUUAGCUUAUCUAUUUAGUUGCCUAAUCAGCGAACAGCCGCAUCUAUCACGUGCAGUUCUGCUUAAAAUUGCCACCCCCUCUUGACAAAAUUUUGACCCUGGGACCUUGGCAAAUAACGUCGGAGCUUGCUGAAAAAUGAUUGUGUUGAUAAAGUGCUUUGCUAGCAGUGCUGAAAAGAUGAGUUGAAACCUCUGUAUGGGAGCAGUUGUCGCACGUUACACAGCAAGAAAAAUUCAGUCACUAGGGAGGUCCGGCCCAUUUGUCAUGACAGCGAGCAUCUUUAUUGUGAAGCUUUAGGUUGCAAAGCCUUCCUGGUUCCACCCACCACCUCAUGAUAGUCAAUCCUGUACAUAGCAAACAAACUUUUUGUUUAUUCAUGAACUUGCCAAUCACCGAUGAACGGACAAAACGGGGUUUGUUCAUUUAUCCUACACAAUGGCUGCCACACAAGCGUGAAAUGGUCGUGUUCUGCUGUGAAGACAAAGUUACGGAAACCUACACCAAAGCUUAGCAACCCUCUUCUCAACCUGUGUGCAUAGGAAGUCUUUUUUUGCGAAUGCACACAGACAAGCAUUUAAGGAAAUGUGCAGCAUAGCAUCAGAGCGUGUAUGUAUGUGUGUGUGUGUGCGUGCAAAUGUUUUUUUUUUAUUUUUUAGGAUUUUCAUUUUGGUUUCAGUGAUUCGAGAUGUUGUAGUACUCAUCAUAAGUUAAGAUGAAUGUUUUGCACGAUUAGAACAGUGUUGCAGCACUUUUUUUUUUUAAUCAAUCACCCUGUUAAUAAAAGAAAUGCAAACCCUCA